GAAGACCGCUUCCUGAGACAGGAGUUCGCCAUGAUUUCUUCACUAUGGAUGUUGGGGGCACUCUGCUGUGUGAUGUUGCUCCCGGGCCUGCUGGAGGCCAAAACGUUUUUAAACACCAUCAAGCAGGAAGAGAUGGUACCCGUCGGCGAUGUCGGCAUUGACUCAGAAAAAGCAAACGGCUUUCUGAGUCACUCCAGACUGAAGCGUAACGUGGACCCCAGGUGGUACAGAGGAAACCCGGACUUCCAGGCUUACUACCGCUACUACAGCAGCAUUGGACACACUGAGGGGCUCUAUGAGAUUGACAAGUUGCGGAUGCUCUACCAGCAGAUGAGGUACCUGGAGCACACCUAUGGCCCCGACGCGUCCUAUUAUCAGAACAAGCUGGGAGUGCCGAUGAUCCCGUGUGACCCAGCCACAGACAAGAAGUGCAAAAUCCCUCCUCCAUCUCCAAUGAAAGGGGUCCCAAAGCCCACAGAGCCCCCAGCAACCCCUCCUCCUCUCCCUCCUGCUCCAGUCAUUUCCCAGGCUGAUGUUAUCUACCUGUGCAACAGGAAAGACCCCCUUUGUAAGCCCCACAUCGUCUACCUGCCUAGCGGCUCCGUGCCUGUGCUCUGCGACCCCCGCAACCACCCCCACUGCACCCCCCAGAAAGCUCAAGCUCCAGUCGUCGUGCCCCAACCUCCUCCCCCUCCACCAAAGAAGUCUGCCCCGCCUCCGCCUCCACCAGUCCUUAUCAAGAAGUCUCUCCCGGCCCCCAUGCGCACCUUCAAGGGCAUGGAGUACGACUGUGACCCCUACUGGGACCCAGAUUGCCUGAUUGAUCACCCACCCAGGCCCAUGAAGGGGAAGGUCAUGGUGCCCCCGCCGCCUCCACCCCCACCUGUGGUGGAGGAAAAGAAAGAGGAGCAAGUGCAGCAGCCAGCUCCCCUUACUCCCAUGAAGAAGAAAGGAAGCAUCUACCCUUACUACUACCCUAGGCCCUACGACCCCAGGGAUGAUCUGUACGACCCCGCCCGCUUCCAAUACCCACAGCCCUCCGCUGCUGCAGACGAGCCUGCAGAGUCAGGCCACAGUCAGUAA